AUGAUUACAUCACAAUCAUCACCAGAAAAAAGAUUGUUCAAUUGGCAAGAACAACAACAACAGCAGUCAAAUACGAAAAAUGACAUUGAUACUACGUUAUUUUGGACAAGAAAUUUUAUAGUUCUAUCAAUUGGAAGUAUUAUGUUAACAUUUAUUGUAACAUUUGUAGCUGUAAUCUAUUGGUGUUCAAAACAACAAAAAUUAUCAAAAACAAAAUCUCAUCCAUCUGAAUUAUCAUCUUUUACAACACAUUCUAUUAAUGUUAAAGCAUCGAGACCAAAAGAAAUAAAAUUAUUUCCUAUUGUACCAAAAUUAAUUCAACCAAAUUCAUCAUCAUUCAUAUUACCUACUAUUGAAGAUAAUAAUUAUAAUAAUCUUAAUCAUGAUCGAUUUACGACAGAUACAUGUUCAACAGCUGAUUCAUCAUCAUCAUCAACGGCUAUAGCUACAAAAAAAUUUCGAAAAAAAAAUCUCUUAGAAAGAAAAGCCAUGGAAGUGGAAUCACCAACCGUCUGUUGUACGUAUUGGAGUAAACCAACAUCAUUAUUAUUUAAGAGGAGGAGAGGUUCAAAUAAUUCGUUAACAAUCUCAAUAGCUCCAAAACAUCGUCUUCUUAAUAGUCCACCAGUGGAUUGUCCAUCUGAUGAAUAUUUACUAACAGCAACAAGAAAAUUAACUAUUGAUGAACUUCAUCAACAUGCACAAGAUGCUCGAUUACUUUAUCAUGAAUUUUGGACAAUUCCAACAAAUCAUCUUGAAAAACUUCGUAUUUGUGGUGCUGGUACUAAAAAUCGUUAUGGUACAAUUAUAGCUAAUGAUCAUUCUCGUGUAAAAUUAUCUGAACUACCUGGUGAUCCACUUUCAUCAUAUAUCAAUGCAAAUUAUGUUACUGGUUAUCCAAAUGAAUAUCAUGCAUUUAUAGCAACACAGGGCCCAUUGGCCAAUACAAUUAUUGAUUUUUAUCGAAUGAUUUGGCAAGAACAUGUACCAGUUAUUAUUAUGAUAACUCGUUUAUUUGAAAAAAAUAAAGCAAAAUGUGAAAGAUAUAUUCCAGAUAGUCAACCUACUCAAUAUGGACCAUUUCAUAUUCAAAUUAAAUCAAUUUCAUAUCAAACUGAUUAUGAAAUACGUCGAUUGAUUAUUGAAUUUGAAAAUGAACAACGUGAAAUUGAACAUUAUUGGUAUACAGCAUGGCCAGAUCAAUCUUGUCCGGAUAAUGCUCAACCAUUAAUUGAACUUGUUAAAAAUGUUGAAAAAAGUCGAUUAGAAUUGUCGAAUUUAAAUAAACAUUUUGGUCCUAUUGUUGUUCAUUGCAGUGCUGGCAUUGGCCGUACGGGAUGUUUCAUUGCAUUGAGCAAUGGUGUAAAACAACUUGAUAAUGAACAUAUUAUUGAUAUUGUUCGUAUACUUUGUGACUUACGUCGAGAUCGUGGUGGAAUGAUACAGACAAAUGAUCAAUAUCAAUUUGUUUAUCAAGCAUUAAGCGAAUACGCAAGAACGUUGCAAUUCUCAUCUUGA